CAUCGAUGUUUCACGCUCCUCUAUGGACAAUUUAUCAUUGGUGUGGCUAUCGUUUUACACAUAAUCGGGACGGAAAACCUAACACAAUCAGAAAAGCCCCCGAUUCACUUACUUAAGCGCAAACAUAUCGUUGCUAUAUGUGGCUCUUAUUAAAACGCAUUCCCUUCGAAGUUAAAUAUAGACUUAGAUUCUCAUUCACUGCACAGAGAUCAUAAACAUAGCAUGGCCGACCUAAUACACUUGGGAAACAUAGAUGUGGUCAUUCAGAAAGACAAACCCGGAUCGCCCACGGGCUGUUCCGAUGAUGGAAACUUAGCAGGACUGGGUGCCAUGAGUGGCUUGGGCAACGUAAUGGUUGCGGGUGGCAUUGACCUGGGUGACUUGGCCCUGGAAUUGGAUCACGAUGAAUUCGAUGGACCCCAUAUGCUGAACGGCGAACGUCCAGCGAUUAUUGCUCCUCCGGAAAGUGAAUGGUACCAUGGCCGACUAGAUCGUUACUCUGCUGAGUCACGUCUGCGGGGAAGCAGUAAAUUGGGAAGCUAUUUAGUUCGGGAAAGUGACCGCAAGCCUGGCUCUUAUGUUCUAAGUUAUUAUGGGCGCACCGGCAUAAACCAUUUUCGGAUCACAGCCGUGUGCGGAGACUUCUACAUUGGUGGACGACAAUUCAUUUCCUUAAGCGAUCUUGUUGGCUACUACACCUCAUGUAGCGACUUACUAAAGCGCGAACGGUUAACCAUACCAGUAGCUCCGCCAGAGCCAGUCAAUGACAAGAAGCGCGUCGUAGCCAUCCUGCCUUACACAAAAAUGCCAGAGACCGACGAGCUGAGUUUCCAAAAAGGUGAUAUUUUCUUCGUGCACAAUGACAUGGGCGAUGGAUGGUUGUGGGUAACUGCCCAUCGUACUGGCGAGCAGGGAAUGAUUUUCAGGGAACUUGUGGACGAUUUGGAUGUGUCUAUCGAUCCCAAUACCGUGUUUCCUUGGUUUCAUCCUAAUUGCACUAAAAACGAAGCCGUCGAUAUGUUGGUUAAAGCUGGACCAGGAAGUUUUUUGGUUCGUCCGAGCGACAACUCCCCUGGCGAUUACUCUCUUUUCUUCCACAUAAACAACCAGAUCCAACGCUUUCGUAUAGAGAAGAAAGGUGUGCGAUAUUUGAUGGGAGGGCGCACUUUUGAAUGCCUGGACGCGGUAAUUAAUCGAUACCGCAAAGAGCAAAUUGUAGAGGGUCACUCACUCAAUCAUCCGGUUGUUAAUGGUAUUCAACCAGAGUUUAAUCAGCAAUACGUCGUGGAAAAAGCCGCUGAGAAGAUAUAUGCGACACUACGCGAAUGCCGUGACCAAAUCGGCCUUAAGAAGAUCAAAGGCAUCAAACACCACGGGCACUUAAACAAAAAAUCCGACAAAACGACCAAGUGGAAACAACUUUAUUUCGCUUUGAUCAAUGACGGCUCUGAGACGCAACUGUGCUUCUAUGACAAUCCCAAGAAAACCAAACCGAAGGGUUUGAUCGAUUUGUCAUGUGCUUACCUCUACCAAUGCCACGAUUCCCUCUGGGAACGACCUUACUGCUUUCAAAUUGUGGAGAGGGCCUUGCCCUGCCUGGCCACAGUUACAUAUCUUUGUGCUCCUAGUCAGGAAAGCUAUGUGGAAUGGAUAAACUCUCUCAAGGCGCAGUGCGACUCACAGUUGAGUCGGGCUCAGAAGAAGGUAUCCCGACUUCGCGAGCUCCGUUGUCUCAACCUGCACGUGCUGGAAGCUCAUCGCCUACCCUUCAAACUAGUGCCACAUCCAUACUGCAGUAUUUCACUUAAUCAAGUCAAAGUGGGCAAAACGCGUGUCAAAAUUGCCCCUGAACCCGUGUGGGAAGAGGAAUUCGUACUAGACGAUGUCCCGCCAGAUGUGGUCUCCCUAACUAUAACGUUGAUAUCACGCGGGAAGCGCGGCAAGGACUCUGAAGUCGCCGAUCUAACCAUUGAACUAUCCAGUCUGAAGAAUGGGCAGGAGACGGAGGGCUGGUACCAACUCACGGGCAUGACGCCGAUGGGCGAGUGGGGCUCGUUGCGGCUGCGUAUGCGCUACCUCGACGAUCUGAUAAUGCCUUGUGAGGAGUAUAGUCCCCUCCAGCAACUGCUUCUGGAGUCGGAGCUCUACGCGGUGAAGGCCCUGGCAGAGCUCUGCCACAAUGAUCGCGUCCCCUUGGCCACGGCCCUGCUGCGAGUGUUCCGGCAGGAGAAGCGGGAAACAGAAUUGAUCCGAAUGCUUUGCCAGGCGGAGGUGACGCGCGAGAACGAGACGACAACGCUUUUCCGGGGCGCUUCCUUGGCCACAACACUGAUGGACCUAUAUAUGCGCACUGAAUGCAGCGGAUUCCUGCAGUCGGCCGUCAGCGAAACUGUGCAGCGCAUUCUGGAAAGUAAGCAGUCGGCUGAACUCAACCCAACCAAAAUGGACGUCAAUGAUGACGCCUGCACGAACGCAGAAUUCCUCUUGCAAAUACUGGAUCUGGUUACACAGUCGAUAUUCACCUCGCCGGACGCCUGUCCCCGAAAUGUGCGCUUUAUUUGCAACUGUCUUCAGAAAGCUGUGAUGGCUAAGUGGCCAACAGAGCGGCUGGUGCGGACCCGAGUCGUCUCUGGGUUUAUAUUCUUGCGUCUACUAUGCCCAGCGCUGCUGAACCCACGCCAGUUCGGUUUGGUCAGUGAGACGCCUCCUAUGGCAGCCACUCGUUCUUUAGUCAUGGUCGCCAAGUGUCUGCAAAACCUAGCCAACUUGAUUGAAUUUGGAGGCAAGGAACAAUACAUGGAGGUUGUCAAUCCGUUUAUUUUAAAAAACAAGGAACGAAUGAUUGUAUUCUUGGAUCAACUAUCCCUAGUUACCGAUCCGAAUCAGCCGCUUGGAAUGUUUGUGGAACAAAGCACAAAUCUCAAUUCGCAAGACACGGGGCGCGAGCUGGCUACGUUACAUCACAUCUGCGUAUCACAUUCGCAAGAACUUCACGAAUUAUCUAACAUACUUUCAAUUAAGAAACUUGUCACAGUUACGGAUAUGUUGACCAAGCAUAAACUGAAGUACCGCGAGAUGAUCAGCUAAAAUAAAUUGCGAAGACCGGAUAAUAAAAGCACUGUCUUCUUAUCUACAAGUCCCUUCAUACCUUUUUAUAAAAUAUUUAUAUGUGUAUACUAUUAGAAUACAUAAAAUAAGAACUCAUAAUAACUGGUUGCAUUGUAUUGGAAUAGUAAACAAAAUAUCAUUUAUAAAAAUUAUUUAUAUGAAAUGAAAUAAUAUUUAACUGACCGGUAUGCAUUUAUUUACUAUUAUUAGAAUUACCUAUAAUACACCAGCUUCAACGGCGUACUCCGUAUAGCCGCAAACUUA